UGCGCGGCCGGGCCUCUCGCAGCAGCGCCCGGAGGUCCCGGAUCUGUCUCUUGCUUCAACAGUGUUUGGACGGAACAGACCCAGGGACGCCGUUCUUCCAGCCUCCGGCCACUCUCCUGCGUCUCAUCCAGUCACCACCGUCAGCGCCACCUCCGGGACCAGCCGACACACCGGUUUUUUGGUGGUUUUGGUUUUUUUUUUCUACCUGAAAGCCUCAUUACUGAACAACCAUGAGCUCCCAAAUUCGUCAGAAUUAUUCCGCCGACGUGGAGGCUUCGGUCAACCGCCUCAUCAACCUGUACCUGAAGGCCUCCUACAACUACCUCGGGCUGGGCUACUAUUUCGACCGCGACGAUGUGGCCCUGGAGGGCGUGGGCCACUUCUUCCGCGAGUUGGCGGAGAAGAAGCGGGAGGGCGCGGAGCGUUUGCUCAAGUUGCAGAACCAGCGAGGCGGCCGCGUUCUCUACCAGGACGUGCAGAAACCGCCCCAGGAUGACUGGUCCAAAACUCUGGACGCCAUGGAAUCCGCCCUGGCCUUGGAGAAGAGCCUGAACCAGGCCCUUCUGGAGCUGCACGCUCUGGCUUCCUCCCGCGCAGACCCUCACGUCUGCGACUUCCUGGAGAACCACUUCCUGGACGAGGAGGUGAAACUGAUCAAGAAGAUGGGCGACCACCUGACCAACAUCCGCAGGCUGGCCGGCCCCCAGGCCGGGCUGGGCGAGUACCUCUUCGAAAGGCUCACCCUCAAGCACGACGACUAGGAGCCUUUGGUGCCCAGAAGCCUUUCAGCGGCCCCCGCCCCCUCUGUCUCUGGCUUUCGCCUGAGCCUCUUCCCGAAACUACUAGCCAUUCCUUUAUCCACCCCGGAGCCCUCUCCCCGGCACGGGACCAAAUGAAACAAUAAAGCUUUUUGCAGCAGUU